AUGAUUAUCGACUGGGUCCUGAGGCAGACAGUAGGGAACAAGAGGACAGGCAUAAGAUGGAACUUAACAACAGUACUUGAGGAUCUACACUUUGCUAAUGACAUAGCCCUACUGUCAUCGACUUUCGACCAGCUGCAGACGAAUACAACAAGACUGUUUAAGACGUUGGUACUAUCUACACUACUGUAUGGGUGUGAAACUUGGAAGCUGACCAAAGGGGAUGAGAAAAAACUGGAUACUCUGCCGAACAAAUGCCUCAAGAGAAUCCUCAGGAUUCACUGGCAGCAACAUGUCACCAACGAGAGGGUACGGGAACUGGCAGAGAUUGGGAGAGUCCGAGAUGAAAAGGGAGGAGAAGAAGAGGGCGGCCAAAAACAACAUGGCAUAGAACUGUUGAAAAGGAGAGAGAUAGAGAGGGGUGGACUUCAUGGGAGAGAGCAAGACAAGCAGCAAAGAAAAGGAAGCAAUGGAAAGAAAAUGUCCAGGCUUUAUGCACCUUCUGGUGCGGAGAGGAUUAAGGUUAAGGUAAGAUUUGUGCUUUUUGGGAUUGCUGUGAUUAUUUUGGUGUAUUUUUUGAGACGCACCCAGAAACCUCCAGAAUAUUGCUAUCUUAAAGCAGCAGUGGCAGCAGACGCUGGAACUUGUUCUGACAUUGGCAGGGACAUCUUGUUGAUGAAGAAUGGUUCAGUCGUUGAUGCAGCUAUUGCUGCUCUGUUGUGUGUGGGUCUGAUUAAUGUUCACAACAUGGGAAUAGGAGGAGGAGUGGUGUUCACUAUAUACAAUGCAUCUACAGGAAAAGUGGAGGUAAUUGAUGCCAGAGAAACUGCUCCUAUAAAGUCUUCAGCAGGCAUGUUUAACAAAUACCCUGAGAAAGCAAAAUCAGGUGUAUUGUCCAUUGCUGUACCAGGAGAAAUCCAUGGUUAUUGGAUGGCACACAAAAGGCAUGGAAGACUAAAAUGGACUGAACUGUUUGAGCCCAGUAUAAAGAUGGCACGUGAUGGUUUUAAAAUAAGCAGUCCCCUGGCUAAUGCCAUCGAAAGGAAAAGGGACAUGAUUCUAAAUGACACCACAUGGUGUGAAGUGUUUUGUAAAUCAAACAAUACCAUAUGGAAGGAAAAUGAUACAAUAAGAUUACUCAAACUAGCUGACACAUAUGAGCAAAUAGCAAAUGGAGGGCCAGAUGUUUUUUACAAUGGGUCUCUGGGCCAGAAAAUAGUAAAGGACAUUAAGGAUGCAGGAGGAAUUAUAACAUCUGAGGAUCUGCAGGGUUAUGAAUCGAGCAUGCAUGAGUAUGCAUUAAACUUUACUGUGAGGAAUUACACAUUUCAUGUCCCUAAUGCUCCAUUUAGUGGACCUGUUCUUGCAAUGAUGAUCAAGAUACUCAACGGUUACAACAUCUCAAGCAGCAGCUUGCGGACAACAGAGAGUAUGAUUUUGACCUAUCAUCGCAUAAUAGAGGCUUUCCGCUUCGCUUACGCUCGGAAGGGUAAACUGGGAGAUCCUCGACAUGUCAAUGUCACUAAUCUCAUUCAAGAGAUGAUUUCAGACAAGUUUGCAGACAACAUCAGGAGAAAGAUUGAUGACACCACCACCAAAUCUGAAAGCUAUUAUGGGCAUAAUUCGUCCUCAUCUUACGACUAUGGGACAUCCCACCUGUCUAUCAUUGCAGAAGAUGGCAGUGCAGUGGCAGUCACCAGCACUAUUAAUGAUCAUUUUGGUUCUCAGGUGAUGUCACCUUCAACAGGCAUCAUUUUUAAUAACCAGAUGCGAGAUUUCAGCUAUCCUGAGAAAGGAAAGAAAAUUAAUAAGAACAACUUAAUUGGGCCAGGUAAAAGGCCACUAUCAUCUAUGUGUCCGACAAUAAUAUUGGAUAACUCACAACCAAAACACAAGCGAGUCAAAAUGGUGGCUGGAGCUUCAGGCGGGCCAAACAUAACCACAGCAACUGCAAUGGUAAUCCUAAAGUACCUGUUUUUUGAGAACAACCUGAAGAAAGCCGUCAAUGAACCCAGAGUUCAUAUUUCAUUGGAAAAUAUAACAUAUGUUGAAAACAACUUUGACAGUUUUGAUGAGUUAGUUCUUGGAUUGGAGAGGAAGAAUCAUAAAAUAAUUUGGAAAAAUAUAUCACUGGGAAGAGUUCAGGCAGCUGUUCGAAAGGAUGACAAUUGGCUCUGUGCUGAAUCUGACCACAGGAAAGGCAAAGAUGUCCAUCCUGCAGGAUACUAAGGACUGUGCUAUUCCACACAAUUGUGUUUCAGGGUUUGGAGGGUAUUUUCGUUCCACAAAGUGUCAUUCCAUGAUGCAGUGUCUCGUUCCCUUUCUCGGGAAAUCAUGGUUAUAUGCGAAACCGAGACAGUUUUAGAUAAAAAACUUAAAAUUUAAAAAAGUGCUCAGUUUUAGGCUUAUUUAAUUAUUUGUUUGUGUCACAUUGAGAAUGUUGUAUGUUGUAACUAUCAGAAAAAUUCUAGACCUGUUGACUGAAUCUGGUAUCUGUUCAGUUUGUUUAAUUUCUAUAGGUUAUGUAACAUAUGUCAAACUCUUUAUUCCAAAGAUACUACAAACUAGUCAAUGUAUUUAGUAGGUUGUUUCAGAAGCAUAAGUUAUUGUAAGUACCACAUACAAAAUUCUACAAUAAUUAACUUUUUAAUUACUUAAAAUAGAAUAAAUAAAAGUACAUCUCAGAUCCCCAGACAAUGAGUACAUCAUUCAAUUUAGCACUCUAAAAAAUAUAGGUUUGUUUUUAACCCAGGGCUGGGUUACUAUAGACCAGGGGCACGUUCAAUCUCACAUCGGUGCGCAACGUUUUGCUACGGUUUCCGGGUUGAACGACAUGUUUCCUUGAAACAGUGUGCAACGGAAUGCAACAAGUUUUAGAAGCGUUUUCUCUUGUUUGGUGGGUGUGUCAGAAAUGUCAGCCCAAUCAGCGGCAAGAUGUAUAAAACCACGCGAUAGUAAAGAGACAGCUCGCUCAAUGGGUUCAAGUUGGAAUGUUGUCUUUCAUUCUGGACGGCAAGGUCAGUGACUGUAACAUCGAGAGUAUUUUACAGUAUUAAACACACAUUUAUAACGAUUUCAUCAGGCUUCAGAAACAUUUAAAAAAGAACACAAAGAAUGGCCUCUCAGCUACCGUAGUUGCAACUCUUGCGUCAUCACAACAGGGUGUUCAAUGCAUCACCGUUUCAGUUUAAUAAACGUUGUUCAACAUUUUGUCGGGGCUGAACGCAGCCCAGUUCAAAAGAUGUAAACAACACUGGUCCAGAAGCACUUCCUGUUUCCGUUUUUUAACACUAGAUAAACAUUGGGAUAAAAUAAACCAACAGAACAUAUAAACCUGAAUUAACUGAAGUUAAACAAACAUCUUAAAGAUAAUAAUAUAUGUAAAAUAAAAAAAUAACUGUCACAAACUGUAACAGGAAGUGUUUCUGGACCAGUGUUGUUUACAUCAUUUGAACUGG